AUGAAAGGUUUCUUACAUUUCAAAACGAACAGAAAAGACAAAGAUGGAACCAAUAAUAGCGAAAAUAAUAGCAAGAAAAAGAAAAAGAACGCAAAUUCCAUGUCAGACCCAAACAACAAAUACACAGAUCCAUUAACGAUGCCCCUAACGGAUACAUACGACUUCAAUAAAGACAUGGAAUUAGAUAUGAUGAUGGAUGACUACCUAUACGAUGAUGAAGAUCGUGAUCGAAUACCGAGAAUAAACCAACUACCAAGGAAACCAUUGAAAGAAUACGUAGUAGCGAACCUUCUAUGUCUUUGUGUGGCAUUUGGUGGGUUCAUGACUGGUUGGGAUACAGGUACCAUUUCAGGGUUUGUUGUACAGACCGAUUUCAUUAGAAGGUUUGGACAUUUAGAUACAGCGGUUAACACAUACGUAUUGUCAAGAGUUAGGUUGGGGUUGUUGGUUUCCAUUGUGAAUAUUGGAUGUGCCAUUGGUGGGAUUGUAUUAUCUAAAGCAGGUGAUGUGUAUGGAAGAAGGAAGGGACUUACUAUUGUUACCAUGGUUUAUAUGGUGGGAAUCAUUAUACAAAUAUCAGCUGUGAAUAAAUGGUAUCAAUAUUUUAUUGGUAGAAUUAUAGCAGGGUUUGGAAUUGGUGGGAUUGCUGUAUUUUGUCCCAUAUUGAUAUCUGAAAUUUCACCAAAAUAUUAUAGAGGUACUUGUGUUUCAUUUUAUCAAUUGAUGAUCACCGCGGGUAUCUUCGUUGGGUAUUGUACUAAUUUUGGUACAAAGAAAUAUACUAAUUCCGUUCAAUGGAGAGUACCCUUAGGAUUAAGUUUUGCAUGGUCUCUAUUUUAUAUGAUAUUAGUGUUAACAGUUGUACCAGAAUCUCCACGUUAUUUAUGUGAAAAUAAUCAAGUACAAAAGGCAAAAGAAUCUAUAGCAAGAUCAAAUAGAGUUUCUCCAGAUGAUCCAGCUGUACAAACUGAAAUGGAUUUCAUCAUGGUCAGUGUAGAAUCUGAAAAACUGGCUGGGAAUGCCGCUUGGGGAGAGUUAUUCUCUAAGAGAAGUACUGUUUUCCAAAGAGUUAUAAUGGGGAUUAUGAUACAAAUGUUACAACAAUUGACUGGUAAUAAUUAUUUCUUCUAUUAUGGUACGAUUAUUUUCAAAUCAGUCGGUUUAGAAGAUUCUUUUCAGACCUCGAUCAUUAUUGGUGUAGUCAACUUUGCUUCCACUUUCGUCGCAUUAUACACAGUUGAUAGAAUUGGCCGUAGAUCCAUGUUAUUAUGGGGGUGUUUGACUAUGAUUAGUUGUAUGGUCAUUUAUUCAUCGGUCGGAGUUACAAGAUUAUAUCCAAAUAGUGCAACUUCCCCAUCCAAAGGAGCAGGUGCUUGUAUGAUUUGCUUCACAUGUUUCUAUAUUUUCUGUUACGCUAUAAGUUGGGCCCCAAUUGCUUGGGUUAUUGUUUCCGAAUCAUUCCCAUUGAGAGUUAGAUCUAAAUGUAUGGCUUUAGCAUGUGCCUCAAAUUGGAUUUGGGGGUUCUUAAUCAGUUUUUUCACUCCAUUCAUUACUGGGGCAAUUAAUUUCUAUUACGGUUACGUGUUUACCGGAUGUAUAGUAUUUUCAUUCUUUUAUGUUUUCUUCUUCAUUCCAGAAACUAAAGGUUUAAGUUUAGAAGAAAUUCAAGAAUUAUGGGAAGAAAGAGUACUGCCGUGGAAAUCAACCGCUUGGAUACCGCCAUCAAAGAGAACAGUAGAUUAUGAUAUAGAAGCAUUGGCUAUACAUGACGGACCUUGGUAUAAGGCAUUCUUUUAA